AUGCGAGACUUCCUUUUUCCGGGUGAAUAUGUUGAUAGAGAACUCGAUUAUAUGGAUAAAUACGGAGUAAGGCCAAGAACCAAGAAGGCGUUUAGUGAUUUUGUGGAAGAAGCAGCGGCUGAAAGUGAAAUAGAAUCUCCUGAAUAUUUAAGAUCGGAACCUACUGCUUUAAUGUCUACACCGCAGCUCGCAACCUUACAUGGAAAACGUGUAGAAUCUCAUAUUGUUCUUACCAAAGAUGGCUAUCUUCUUACUCUACAUAGACUGAUUAGUUCGUGUUACAAAAAUUAUACGAGCGGCGAUUGUAUACAAGAAACAGUCCUGCUUCAUCAUGGUUUUCUCGGUAGUUCAGCAGAUUGGAUUUUAUCAGGACCAGAUAACUCACUACCAUACAUUCUUUCAAAUGUUGGUUACGACGUCUGGAUGACUAAUGCAAGAGGUAAUUAUUACUCACGUGGGCAUAUAUCAAGAAAAGUAGAGGAUUUUGAUUUCUGGAAAUUUUCAUGGCAUGAAAUGGGUGUAUAUGAUUUGCCAGCUGUUGUUGAUUACAUUAACAGCGUAAAAAAUUCAACUCAACCUAUGAACUAUAUUGGCCAUUCUAUGGGUGCAACAACAUUUUUAGUUUUUUUAUCCACAUUGCCAGAAUAUAACAGAUAUAUUAAAAUGGCUAUAUUUUUAGCACCUCUUGCAUAUUUAACAAACGUGGAUGGGCCCUUGCGAAUGCUCAAGUGUAUGGGUAAUUAUCCUCCUGAACAAUUAAUCAAACUAAUAGGUCAAGGAGAGUUUAUGGCCAACAGAAAAGUGCCUCAUUGGAUUGCAACCAAGUUUUGUAAAGGCGCUCUGAUGUAUUGCGAAAAUCCGUUUUUAUUUUUUUCUGGAGGAUUACCCGAAGGAGAUAUUUGGGAUACUGAUUUUAUUGCAAGGUUACUUUACCACGUUCCAGCUGGGGGUUCAACGAGGACCAUAUUACAUUAUGCACAGUUAAUAAAAAGCGGAAAAUUUCACAAAUUCGGUGACGAAGAACAUGAAUAUCCAUUGAAUAAAGUGACUGUUCCAAUUGCGUUGAUAUCUUCUAGUGACGAUUGGCUGUCCACUGGACCUGAUGUUUUGAGACUUUUCUUUAGUAUACCUCGAGCUAUUGAUCAUUAUAUCAUACGUGACAAGAAGUUGCAUCAUGGUGAUUUUGUUUGGGGUACAGAUGCUAGUGUAGUAUAUGAUAAAGUGCUUGAUUUCUUAUCACAUGGCUUAGAUCAAUUCAAAACAAAUGAAGUAUAA